UGAAAUUUUACAUUUUUUUUUGUGCUUAGCAAAAUUAAAUUAAUGGCUUCUGUGCGCAGCUAUCUUUUCCUUCUCCUCACUAUUUCUCUCUCCCCACUUCCUACUCUGUCGCAGACCGCCGGAAACAUAACCGUCGGAGCUUCUCUGUCGGCGACGGAAGCCUCCGAUCCAUGGCGCUCACCUUCCGGCGACUUCGCCUUCGGAUUUCAACAGCUUCAAGACGAUAAAAAUCUGUUCUUGUUGUCCAUAUGGUUCGACAAAAUCCCGGAUAAAACCGUCGUCUGGUUCAGCAACAGGAACGCCAGCAAUCCAGUGCCACGUGGCUCCACUGUCCAGCUCACCGCCGCCGAUGGGCUCGUCGUCAGGGAUCCUCAGGGAAGGCUGAUGUUCAGCCCCAACGGCGGGCUUGCCGAUGAAGUGGGCUACGGGUACUUGAACGACACCGGAAACCUGGUUCUCCGGCGGGGGCGAAGCGAUUCGGAGCCGCUCUGGGAGAGCUUCAAGAACCCUUCCGACACUAUACUGCCGACCCAGAUCAUCGAAAUCGACACCGCGCUCGUUUCGAAGAAAUCGGAAGGGAACUUCUCUCUGGGGAGAUUCUCCGCCCGGAUGAACGGCGACGGCGACUUCGUGUUCAGCUCGAAAAGCGCGCCCACGAACACCGACUACGGCGACGAGUAUUACAACAGCGGCACUUCCGAUCAGAACGCGUCGGCUUCCGGUUUUCAGGUGGUGUUCGACGAGAGAGCCUCCAUUUAUAUCCUCAGGAGAAACGGCGGGCAGGUGGUGCUCAGCCCGCGUUGGGUUCCAUCGCCGGCGGAGUUCUACCACAGAGCCACCAUCGAUUUCGACGGAGUUUUCACGCAGUACUAUCACCCGAGAACCUCCGGCGGCGCCGGAAACCAGGGCUGGACCGCCGCCAGCUCUUGGCCGGAGAACAUCUGCUUCACCCGCAGCCGCCCUUGCGGCUACAACAGCGUCUGCCGGCUCGAGAAUCAGAGGCCUGUCUGCCAAUGCCCGCUAGGGUUUUCCUUGUCCGAUCCGAACAAUCCGUACGGCGAUUGCAGACCUAAUUCCGCGCAGAGCUGUGUUCAAUCAGACGAUAAGGAAGACGAUUACGAUGUUUCGGAGAUUUCCGACACCGAUUGGCCCUUCAAUAGUUACCAACAGAUAAAUCCUAGUACCGCCGAUCAAUGCAAAAGUGCUUGCCUGAAUGAUUGUUUCUGCGGCGUCGCCAUUUACAGAAGCGAUACCUGUUGGAAGAAGACGCUUCCCCUCUCCAAUGGCAGAGUCGACGUCACUUUGGGCGUCACCGCCUUUCUCAAGUUCCGAAAAACCGAUCUAAUCAAUCCCAACCCUAAUCCCACCACUCCGGAUAAGAACCGUAAUACAUUACUCGUCGUGGGGUCCGCUCUCCUCGGCAGCUCGGUGUUCAUCAACCUGUUAUUCAUCGGCCUAGCUUGCCUCGGUUUCUUCCUCAUCUACAAGAAAAAGAACCUGAUUUUCGAUCACAAUUCAGGAGCGAAUCUACGAUGCUUCACUUACAAGGAACUCGUACAAGCAACGAACGGGUUCAAAGAAGAAGUGGGGAGAGGCGCAUUUGGGAUUGUCUACAAAGGGUUAAUAACGAAUAGUUCGAAAACCGUAGUUGCGGUGAAGAAACUCGACAGAGUGGCUCAAGAUUCUGAAAAGGAAUUCCGAGCAGAAGUCAACGCAAUCGGUCAGACGCACCACAAGAAUCUGGUGCGUUUGAUCGGUUUCUGCGACGAGGGAGCCCACCGUAUGCUCGUGUACGAGUACAUGAGCAACGGGACCCUAUCUGGCUUCCUCUUCGGCAACAGUACAAAGCCGGGGUGGAGCCAGAGGAGCCAGAUAGCAGUGGGGGUCGCGAGGGGGCUAACAUAUCUGCACGAAGAAUGCGUCGCCCAAAUCAUACACUGCGAUAUAAAGCCGCAGAACAUACUCCUCGACGAGUACUACAAUGCCCGGAUUUGCGAUUUCGGAUUGGCUAAACUACUAGCGAUGGACCAGAGCAAAACGACGACGAAUAUUAGGGGUACGAAGGGGUAUGUUGCUCCGGAGUGGUUUAGGAACCGACAAAUUACGGCGAAGGUGGAUGUGUAUAGCUUUGGGGUUUUGUUGUUGGAGAUUGUUUCGUGUAGGAAGAGUGUGGAUGUGGAAGAGGGGGAGAAUCCGAUCCUGACGGAUUGGGCGUGGGAUUGCUUUGCCGAAGGGAGGAUCGAUUGUUUGGUGGGUAACGACGAUGACGUGGAGGCAUCGAGCGUCGGAAGGAAGGUGGAGCGGUUUGUGCUGGUCGGAUUGUGGUGCGUUCAAGAAGAUGCGAAUUUGAGGCCGACUAUGAGAAAAGCAUGCCAAAUGCUCGAAGGAGAAGUUGAGGUUGAACGGCCACCGAACCCGUACCCGUUCACCUCAACUACUGCUCGACAGCCUUGAUCAACUCCACUUCAAAAAAAAAAAAAACAUCUGGCACUUGAAAUAUGUAUAUUAGAUGAAGCAAUAAAAGACCAUUCUAUUUAAAUUGUAUUUUGGCUCCAAAAUUUUAGAUAAAAACUUUGUUA